UACCGGGGCCUGGAAAAUAUGACAUUAAAAGUCAAUUUCAGAAGACUCAAAGUAUGAUACCAAGCGUAAAUGAUGCAUCACCUGCUUUUCUUUCUCAGUCCCAGAGAUUUGUACCUAUGAAAUCAAUCACCCCAGCUCCUGGCACAUAUAAUGAUUCUCGAACUGCUUUCAAUUCCUUGAAGAAAACACCAGGACUGAAAAAUACCCCAUUUGGUCAGAGUGCUCCUCGAUUCACACAGGACUCCAGGACAGAGGAAAUGCCAGGUCCUGGGUUUUAUAAUAUUCUAAACAAUACUAUGAUUGACAACAUUAGCAAUACCUACUUGAAGAAAAAAAAGAAAAGUGCAUUUGGUUCUUCUGUUCCUCGGACUCUCUUGCUGGUUCAGAAAGAAGCUUUUACUUCUCCUGGUCCUGCCGAUUAUCAGGUUGGUGGAGUUUCUGAUGAAUUACCUAACUUGACUAACCGAUAUGCUGCUAUUUUGUCAAGACCAGAAAAACCUACUAAACUGUCAGAUAUGGACAUUCCAGCACCUGGCAGCUAUGAUGUUCAAAAAUCAUAUGAGAUGUCCCAAGUUCAACAUAAAUACAUGCCACCUCGUAGUUUUGCGGCUAAGCUGAAACAUACCUCCUUUCUUAGCACAGCUCCUCGGUGCCUGGAGAAAAUGACUGAUGGGCCAGGACCUGCAGCAUACAAUCCUGUUUUAAGGAAAUCUUGCUCCAUACCCUUAUUUGUUAAGGCUUCAAAGCGUUUUAAAGAUUCCAAAGAGAUUACUCCUGGUCCAGCUACAUAUGAGCUCAGUCCAUUUUUAAGACAUUCUGUUCUGAAGAGGACAUUCAAUGUCACUCUACCAAAUCCUUCCCUGAUCAAGAGAGAAAACACUUUUACUACAGGACAAAAAGCCAAACAAAAACACGCAGGAAGCAAAGUAAAAUCUUCUAAAUGAUAUAUUCUAAAGGUAUUAUCUAUUAAUAUAAAGGUAAGCUGACAGUUCUCUCACAAAGAAGUAAUUCCAUUUUGAUGAUGCCCUCCAUCAGCUACUCAAAGGAACAUAAUUGCUCUUCUAACCUCAAGAGAUAGAAAAAUCUGUUCUUGCAAGACAUUUAAUUCUCUAUUUUUUUUUUCUCAAAAUUUUCAUAUUACAAUAGUGGUAUAUAUAUUCACUGCGUUCUUUCUCAAUAUAUAUUACUAGUGCUUCCGUAUAAAAUACAAUGCUGUAUUUUAUAAAGACAUCUGAAAACCCUUUCUUUUUAACUUUAGAAUCUCAUUCUCUAACCAGAGAAUGCAAUUAUUUUCCAGAUACUAGGUGUGCUGAAAAUAAGUACAUGAUGUUAUUAUGUGUGUGUUAUCCACUUGACUUAUUUUCUUACUCGUCAGUUCUCUGAAAUUAUAAAAGUGGAGAAUAAAAAUCACAAAAAAAAAUGAC